AUGGGUUCGGCAGCCUCUUCAUCUUCAUCCCCGGAACCUGAUGAGAGCAUCUCGAUCGCCGACCGCAUCAACAUUUUCUUGGGCCAGAAACCGCUCCGCAUGACGAAUAUGCUGAAAGUGGCCAGGAUGAUCUCGGACUGUACGUGCGAGGAGAAGCUGCAGAUAUUCGACGCUGGCAUCGUGCACAACAUUUGCGACAUGAUUGCACAGUGUGGGGCUGUCGAGACGGGUUAUGUACAGAGGGUGAUGGAUCGACAAGAUUCUGCUGGUGACGGCAGAAAACGACGACCUCGCCGGAAUUCAGCCGGAAACACGGCGCACAAGGGCGUCGGGUACGGCCACGGAUCGACGCGUAGCCGAUGGGAUAUUGAGAGAACGGUAGAGGAACGUCUGGCCCGAGAGGAGCACCUCAUCUGGUUAUUAUCAUGCCUGACCGCGUACAUUUACACAAUUUCCCCAGAUUUUUCGGAAGAUCAGAUUGAGAAGUUUGUGGAGCACGACCACCUGACGCCGCCCGUCGUGAAAUUGCUCGGUGAAUCGGCAGUCGUUCCGCUUUUGGAGUAUCACCUGAAGAAUGACAGUGUUUUUGACGUUUCCGAGCAUAUGGAAAUAUAUCAGGGCCUCCUCGAGACCGCAGCCGCGAUGGCUACCGUACCCUCCUUGGUACCGUACCUUGUCAAGCCGUACGCACCAACGGCCAAAUCCGUUGCCAAGCACCUGGUGCCCAAGUUCAAGGAGAUCAUGUCCGCAUAUCCGAACGUUCUCAAGGGCCAAAUGGGAUCACCGGAUUUUCGGUUAAUCGACUUUAUCCAUAAGACGGAACGCUACGCCGAAGUUGUCCUGAACGCUUCGCGCGAGUACGAAACACACCUCCCGCCGGAGGAGCGGAUACGCACGGCCAGUACGGCAAGGCCGAGGACCACGCAUAGCGAGGUUUCCCUCAAUCGGCGUUCCUUUGAUCUAUCGGAAGAGCGCGUCGACCCGUCAUCAGAUAUCAGUCUGCUAUAUGGAAAAGCGCUGAAACACCUCCAGAUGCAAACGUAUCGGUUCAUCGGCGACUACGGGAAACUCGUGGUCCCAUUUUCUUUCAAGAAAGAGGCGAGAAACGUCAAUCCAUUCUCACCUGCCUUGAAAGAACGAACAAAGCGGAUCGCCAAGGAAUUGGCGUCAAUGCCGCAGGCGCUCCCGCUCAACGCAAGCAAUAGUAUUUACGUCUGCGUCGACGAGGGAAGGUGUGAUAUUAUUAAGGUGCUAAUCUCCGGCCCCGAUGACACACCCUACCAGAACGGGCUCUUCGAGUUUGAUGUGUUUUUCCCGACAAGCUACCCCUUCUCCCCGCCGAAAUGUGCCUUCUUGACGACCGGCUCCGGGAACGUGCGCUUCAACCCGAAUUUGUAUAACGAUGGCAAGAUCUGCCUCUCCAUCCUCGGCACCUGGGAGGGCAGACCGGAAGAAAAGUGGAAUCCCUACUGCUCGUUGCUGCAGGUGUUGAUCAGCAUUCAGGGCCUCAUCUUCGUGAAGGAGCCGUACUUCAACGAGCCGGGCUUUGAGAAAUACCAGGGCACCGAGAAGGGCGAGGACUACUCACGGAAGUAUAACCUCCAGAUCGAGCACGCCACGUUGACAUAUGCAAUCAGGGACCAGAUGAGGAACGGACCGGAGUAUUUUAAGAACGUCAUCCAGCGCCACUUUUGGCUGAAACGGCACACCAUCAUCGAGCAGGCCAAGACGUGGCUCGCCGAGAUGCGCAAAGACGCCCUCGAGGCCGAGCGCAACCCGAAGCGCAAGGAUUCGGUGUCGUUCGACACCAUGUACAACCCGUUCAACCAGGAACGCGUCAUCCACAGUCUCAUCAACGAGCUGCAGACGAUGACAUGCCCAGUGGACCAAUAUGUA